CCUACCCCUCCCCAAUCACGAGUUCACCACCCUUCCCCCACCCCAACAUCGCCAUUAGGACCCCUUCUUAAUUAAUAACAACCCAUCAAAGGUGAGUUUAUGAACAAGCUGAAUACUGGCCAUUGAAAGAGCAUACAAUUAGUUUUCUAAUACUUCAAUCUUAACUGUGCUUUUUAGAUUGAAGUUAGUAUUGGUAGUUGAUAAUAUCAGUAGCAGAAUAAAUGAUAUCAAUAUUUUGUAAAAUCAAUAAGUAUUCUAAUUCUGAAGGUUAGCAGCAGGGGAUGAAAUUGAGUGGUCCAAUUGAAUCGAUGAACUUGCCUCAUUACUCACUUUAUUUUGCUCACCACCUUUUUUUCCAUAAUUCAUCCACCAUCUUCUUUAUACAAUUGUAAAGGCUUCGGAAUUCCUCGAGAUUUUCUCUGUUGAAAUCGCUUGACCCUCCGUCCCCAUCCUCAUUCUGCUGUACUCCUUCAGUUUGUUGACCUUCUUCACCAUGGACGUUCAGAUCUGCAGUUGUUUGGCCCUCCAUUGAAGCCCUAGACCCACUCCUUCUACUUAUGCUACUUGCUCGGAAUUGGGGGUACCUCUACCACCACGACUCCCCCUCCUUCCUCCUCGUCCUCUCAUGUCGCCUGAGAACCGCCGUCCACCGUCUGAGAACCCGCCUAGACCGGAAAUCAAAUCUCUGGAAAUUGGGGCUGCUUAUCGCACAACCUAAUCUCCCCAGCUUCCCACUUUAGACCGUUUUUAUAUUAAUAUUAAGGGAUAUAAAAUGACAAUAGAAAUGAAGGUUUUUACUUCUGAAUCCUCAAGUCAACUAUCAAGAAAUUCAACAUAUAAAACUAUUACAUUUAGUGGUGUAAAUGAGAUGAGACUCAAAGAACAAAUCUAACUCAACAAAAGCUUGAUUUUGUUCAUUAAUUAAAUAAUUGAGCUUGAACAUGACCAUGAAUCUUUUGAUGGGUUGUUAUUAGAGGAGGGAUUUUGGUGGUGGGGGGGUAGGGGAAGGGCAGUGGCGGAUCUACCGCAUCUACGUACAGGCACCCCCGGGCACGUGCCCCGCCUGAAUUAAAAAAAAUAAAAAAAAUAAAAAAAUCGAAAACAGGGGCUUGUUAGUAUUACUCAUUUACUCAAUUCCCUCUCUUGCUAAAAGCUCUCUUUCGCUCUAACCCUAAAAACUCUACACAGCUCUUCCUCCACCUUCACUGUCGCUGCCGCACUCCCGCACCACGCCACCGCCGGCUGCUGCUCCAUCACAGACGCCUUCCGCCGCUGCUGCCUGGUGCUUUGAGCCUUUGACGUUGUCGGUGCUGCACUGCUGCUGUGGGUUGUUCGAAUCGAACACAGUCGAAGACUCGAACUCGAAGGUUGACAAACCCUAAUCCCUAAAAAUCGAAAUUUUUGAUUUUGUUUAAGCCGCCUACCGUCUACUCUUCCGUUCCCUCCUGCCGCCUGCGGCUGCCUAGUGGCUGGUUCGGUGGUUUCUAUUUCACAUUCAUUAACAAAAACCCUAAAAAUCAAAAAUUUGAUUUUGUAAGUUCAGUUCUUUUUUCUCAGGUGAGAAAACAUUGAUCAAAAUCAGCUCAGUUUGUAAUUACCAGGAGGCAACCUUUGUUAUUGACAAGAGUCUAGCUUUCGUUCAUACUUAUCUGGUUAAGUAUGCAUAUCAUUAAGUAUUUAAGGAGCUUACAAAUAAGGCCCAAUUUCGUUAAAAAAAUUUCUCUAAUUCAAGCUCGUCAUCUCCAAACUGAUGUUUUCGAGACAACAAAAGUUAAGUACAAGUAUCCCCCUGUUUAUGACCCAUAUGGCCCAAGACCACCCCCCUCAGAAAAAGUCACUCAGCUAGCUGAUCAAAUCAUGGCCUUAACUGCAGAAGAAAGAGCUCAAAUUGGUUCAGCUCUUAGAGAAGUGCUCAAACACCCCAAGUUGGAGAAAAUUUCUACCGAAGGCUUAGACUUGAGCGGUCCAGCUGCUGGAGAUGCUGCCCAAGCCGAGGAGAAGAAAGAAGAAAAAACAGCCUUCGAUGUGAAGUUGGAAAAGUUUGAUGCUGCUGCCAAGAUCAAGGUGAUCAAAGAAGUCAGGGCUUUGACGAAUCUGGGACUGAAGGAAGCCAAAGAUCUAGUUGAAAAAGCCCCCGCGAUACUUAAACAAGGAGUCACAAAAGAGGAGGCUGCUGUUAUUAUUGAGAAGAUAAAGGCCGCCGGAGGAACUGCAGCGAUGGAGUAAAACAAAGUAAUGAAACUCCAUUAGUAUGUGCUCUUAGAGUGAUGAAACUUCCAUUAGUAACUCUACGACAGAAAAAUGUAGGAAUUAUAAUCAUUUCGUAUUUAUCAUUGGCACUUUAUGUUGGGUUGAUGAUGACGACGACUUUCUAUCCCGUUUUGUAUUCUAAAAUGUGUUUAGAGUUGAGAAUUUUGUAGUAAUCUCCAUGUUGUAAUUUUGUUUUCGAUUCGGAUAUAAGGUUGAUGAUGAUUAUGAUGACUUCAUAUUUUCUUUUGCA